AUGCCUCGCGCGGACUUCCUGCGAGACGCUAGACAGGCCUCUCAUCCUCAGUUGACUGGCUUCAAGCUUCAGCAAGAUGACACCUUCACUUUCACCUACAGUGAUCCAGCUGGUCACCAAAGCUGCAUUCAACUCCUCGUCCCAGAUCUAUCCGCAUACCCUACUCAGCAUGAGUACUGCAUAUGGGGCGACGAAGGGAUCUCCGAUCCUGUUGCCCAGGCAAUCCAGUCUAUUGGCUCUAAGUAUAAUGGCCGGCCUCUAGACGCACUUCUUCAAGGCUUCUUGAACCACUUGACUGGUCAAAACGACGAAAGUACCAUGGAUACCAGCUCCGACGGCGAUGGCUAUGAUUUCGACACCGACGGUGAGAUGGACUUGGACAUGGGUCACGGUCCCGACUGGGACGAGGUCCAAAAGCGACUACGAAAAGAUCUUCGGGCGGCAAGACAAUCCGGAAUCAAAGUUGGGGUUCUGGGUGACACGCGAGGCCGCGUCAUUGUGACCACCUCUUGUCGUGUUGCUGGGCUGGACAUCUCCAACGACGCGCUUCAACUUUGGAAUGUCUCCCCGUCCGACUACCUGGUCCUCCUCAUCAAAUACCCAUACAGAUACUACGGCUUGGACGAUGAAUCUCGAUCGGAUCCGUUGCAGAGGCCGCAAAUGUACGUUGGUCUUUGCGACUCGUAUAAGCCCACGAUGGCGUCCGCCCUGCAAGCUCUUCACCCUCUCGGACAAGAACUGAAAGCUUUGAGCGGUCCAAAAUCAGAUUCCACCGCAGAUCCUGCUCUUGGAAAACUGAGAUCCUCGUUUGUGACGGAAAUGCUUACUGAUCUCUUCAACGAACGGCUGCUGGACAUCAUACGGCUUAGAAUCGAUCACGGUUACUCCUGGACAGGGGCGGAGCUGUACUACGACACGCAACAAGGCACAAAGCCCGGUGUUGAAGAUGACCGAGACCCUAAGUAUUUUGUGGAAGAAGCCUGGGGUACCUGGAUACCGGAUUUUGUUCAAGACGAUGACCUUGGAAGCAAUCGGGAUGCAGAGAGGCUGUCGUUACCCCGCAUUGCCAUGCAAUAUGCGCUCCGGCGCUUUACCCGUGCCAGCGAAUUCUGUCUGGUAUGCUAUUGCAAGACAACCGACAGCUUCCAGGCACUGAAUCCGUACGUUUGCUCGAAGCGGCUCUGUCUCUUCCAAUAUCUUGAGUGCGGCAAGGGACCGAAGCUGGAGUGGCAGAUUGUGCAUCAUCCUGAGGUCGUGGACCUACUCGUGUCCUUCGCCUAUCGGCGUGCCAAGGCAAAAUUGCUGACUGACUGUCUCGACCUUCCUCUCAAAGUUCCCCAUCCGAAUCUGGAAUCGAAACAGGCUGUUCGGGCUAAACUGGUUGGCAACACACUCGUUCCGCAGGGACGGCUCGAGUUAAAGGUCGGCGAGUGGGUUGUUCUCACAAAGAAGGUGAGAAAUCCAAACGAACAAGCCAUUCCGAUUCAUCAUUGUGUUCGUAUGCGCAACGAUGAUGGUUCCUACAUUCUCUCAGAACCUGUUUUCGAGGGCAAGAAUUAUGUGGGAAUCGGAAAAUCCGGACCUCAAAGCGUGAUGGUUACACUAUACAAUCAAGACUUCGCCAACUUGACACUGGAGGAAAAGCAGGUGAUGCUCGUGAGACUACUCGAUACGCUCCCGGGAGUCGACCCGAUGGUUGAGUUUAUCCAAGGCAGUUCUAGCCAUCGGGCUCUCGACUUGUGGAAAGAACGCAUCUCCUCUGCAGCACUGUACUUUUUGCGAUGGAUCGUUUCGUCAAAUAGAUCCUGCAUCAUCUAUGACAAAGACCCAGAGCACAAGGUUACAGGCAUGGGGAGUUACAUGCAGUUUCGACUCGCUCAAGGAGCCCCAGACAAGGAGCAUGAAUUCGUGGAAGCUAUUAAGCGAGAGGUCCAGGCGCGGAAGAAGCAAUAUCCCACUCUCUUUGCUUGGCAUGGGUCCCCCGUCAGCAGCUGGCAUAGCAUCCUUCGGCAGGGACUACAUUUCGAGGAAUGUAGGAAUGGAAGAAGUUACGGAAAUGGGGUGUAUCUAGCUCGGGACUUCAGACUCUCUGAAGGCUACUCUGGUGGGAGUCGCUCCGACCAGGAGUCCUGGCCGUCGAGCAAGCUAGGGAUUACGAUGGCAAUCUCGUUGAACGAGGUUGUCAACUGUUCAGAGCGGUUCGUGUGCACCUCGCCGUACGUGGUGCAGGAGAUAUCAUGGAUCAUGCCUCGGUACCUUUUUGUGAAAUGCAUCAAGCCCGUGGGAGGCACUAGCAAUCACAAGAGCCCACAAGAUGUCUAUGUGCAGGAUCCGAAGCGAACGGCUCUCGGCCAGGGGGAUGUACCCGUCACAAUUCCUCUAUCCGGGGUACGAACUCACAGCGCUCAAGCACAGCGACCCUCAGUCGGUGGUGGUGGUAUCUGCAAAGAGGACGCCGGUUAUAAGAGCGACGCGACUCUUGAUGAGGAUCGCCGCCUACUCGAAACAAAGGACGAUGACAGUGACUGCGUGGCCCUCGACGACCCUCUGACGGCGAAAAUGCUGCAAGUGCUGAGAUCAGCCAACGUCAAGCUCUUACCCCCUCCUAUCGACGCCACCCCGCAGGCCACCAGAAGAUUGAUGCGGGAGUUGGGAGCCACCGCAGCGCUCCAGGCGCGCGACCCGCUGACUGAGCUUGGUUGGUACAUCGAUCCCGAACGGGUCGACAAUCCGUACCAGUGGCUCGUGGCCCUGCAUAGUUUCGAUCCCAGCCUACCUUUGGCACGGGACCUGGCCGCCACCGAGGACAAGUGCAUUCUCCUGGAGGUCCGGUUCCCGCCCUCAUUCCCGUACUCGCCCCCGUUCAUUCGCGUCGUCCGACCACAGUUUCUCACGGUCGCGGCCGGCGGCGGGGGCCAUGUCACCGCUGGAGGCGCCAUCUGUAUGGACCUGCUCACCGGCUCCGGCUGGAAUCCGCUGUACCGCAUGGACAGCGUCCUGUUGCAGGUGCGGCUCCUCAUAUCGUCGAAGGACUGCCCGGCCCGCCUGGAUGCUCGCCAGAAGCACGAUUACUCAUGGCACGAGGCCGUGGACGCAUUCAUCAGGAUCUGUAGCCUCCACGACUGGAAGGUGCCGGAAGACUUUAGAAAGAUGAAAGGGGCAUAGUGGGACCGUGUUCUCGUUCUAUUCCUGACGAAAGGAGGAGAGGCAGAGACGGUGGGAGAAUUGGAUACUUGAGCCCGGUAAAGCAAC